UCUUUUAAAAUUUUCCAAAAAAGAAAAAAAACAGAAAAAAGAAGAUGAAAGGCCAAUGUUCAUCUUUACAUUAAAAAUUUUCCGGCAAAACCGGAUUAUUUAGAUUCUCAAGCACGUCUACUCCUUUAACUUCUUCACACAGGAAAAAAAAAUCCCCCAAAUUUUCAGCAAUUUACAUCUUCACAUUUUCCAAUUCCCCAUAAAUAUUAUCAAAAUCAAAUUCAAAAUCGAAAUCGAAAUCAAAUUGACGAAGAAAAUUGAAUCUCUGUGACAAUUCUCCGGCAAUUUCCUCUCUCGAAUUUCUAGGGCUUCCUUUUCUUCGAUUUCCGCAUUUCAGAAAAUUUUCGUGAUAUUUAGGCAAAAUGAGUGUGGUGGGGUUUGAUAUUGGAAAUCAGAACUGUGUCAUUGCGGCUGUGAAGCAAAGGGGGAUCGAUGUGUUGUUGAAUGAGGAAUCAAAACGUGAGACACCAGCCGUGGUGUCGUUUGGGGAGAAGCAGAGAUUAUUUGGUUCUGCAGGGGCUGCUUCUGCGACCAUGAAUCCAACGUCAACUAUCUCUCAGAUCAAAAGAUUGAUAGGUCGGAGUUAUGACCAUCCCAAGGUUCAGGAGGAUUUAAGGUUGUUCCCAUUUAGGACCUCUCAGGGUCCUGAUGGCGGUAUUUUAAUCCAUCUGUCGUAUUUGGGUGAGCAGCAUACCUUUACACCUGUGCAAAUAUUGGUAAUGCUUUUUUCACAUUUGAAGCAGACGGCUGAGAAAAGCUUGGAGGCAUCUGUUACAGACUGUGUGAUUGGGAUCCCUUCACACUUCACUGAUCUACAGCGACACCUUUAUGUUCGUGCUGCAUAUAUAUCAGGUCUAAACCCAAUAAGGUUGCUGCAUGACUGCACUGCUACAGCCCUUGGUUACGGAAUUUACAAGACAGACUUCACCAAUAAGGGUCCGUCUUAUGCUGCCUUUGUUGAUAUUGGGCACUCUGAUACUCAGGUUGCGGUUGUAUCAUUUGAACCUGGACAUAUGAAAGUCCUUGCUCAUGCUUCUGACAGCAACUUAGGUGCUAGAGAUUUUGAUGAGGUGCUCUUUCGUCAUUUUGCCGCGCAUUUUAAGCAGCAGUAUAAUAUCGAUGUUUAUUCUAACUGCCGUGCUUCCAUUCGGCUUCGAGCGGCAUGCGAGAAAUUGAAGAAGGUCUUAAGUGCAAAUCCAGAGGCACCCCUCAACAUUGAGUGUUUGAUGGAUGAGAAAGAUGUGAAGGGUUUUAUUUCAAGAGAUGAAUUUGAAAAACUCUCAUUAAAUUUAUUGGAUGGAAUAGCUGUACCAUGUCGCAGGGCUCUGAUGGAUGCUGGUGUGGCAGCAGAGAGGAUUCACUCCGUGGAGCUUGUUGGUUCAGGAUCUCGAAUUCCAGCCAUAAGUAAAGUUUUGGCUUCAGUUUUCAAAAAAGAACCAAGCCGAAAGUUGAAUGCUAGUGAAUGUGUUGCUCGUGGAUGUGCACUGCAAUGUGCUAUGUUUAGUCCAAAUUUUCGUGUCAAAGACUAUGAGGUGGAGGAUUCACUGCCUUUCUCUAUUGGACUGCGUUUAUCUGAUGAUGGUCCAAUACAUGCACUUCCAAAUGGUGUAUUGUUUCCCAAAGGUCAUCCAGUUCCUAGUGAUAAAGUGCUUAAGUUGCAUAAAAGUAGUGAAUUUCAGCUAGAAGCCUUUUAUGCCGAUGAAAAUGAAUUACCUCCGGGUGUAUCUCCUGAAAUUAGCAUUUUCGGGAUUGGUCCUUUCCCAGGGGCCCAUUCUGAUAAGGCUUAUGUGAAGGUGAAAGCUUCACUAACGCGUCAUGGGACUGUUACUUUAGCAUCAGCAUAUCUUGUAGGGGGUUAUGUGGACGAACCAAUUAUGAGAAGAAAUGCAAACCUGUCCUCGGAAAGGGUAGAAGCUGAAUCUGAUAUCGGAUCUCCUGAUGCAGAAGAUGGUGCUGAAGAUAGAUAUUUUGUACCGAAGCCAGUGCCUGAAUCUUUUGUGAAGCCAGUGCCUGAAUCUUUUAGUCACAAUAGAAAGAGUAAAUCCGUGACUCGGUCGCAGAUACCGAUUCGUGAGAUUGUAUAUGGUUGCAUAAGUGAAGGAGAUUGUUUUAAAGCUGGGGAGAAGGAAACUGAGUUGGCUAAGCAGGACUUUACGAUCGAGCAGGCCAAAGAGAAGAAAAAUACCCUCGAGUCUUAUGUAUAUGAAACCCGCAAUAAGAUUUUGAGCACGUACAAGGAUUUUACUGCUGAAUUAGAGAAGGAACACAUCUGUGAGAAUUUACAGCAGACAGAGGAAUGGCUUUAUGAAGAUGGAGAUGAUGAAUCUGCUGAUGUUUAUGCUGAGAGGUUACAGGAUCUUAAAAAGUUGGUGGAUCCUAUUGAAUAUCGAUUUAAAGAAGAGGAGGCCCGACCACAAGCAGUCAAGACUUUUGUUCAAACUAUGAAAGAAUGCCAGGCAGCUGCAAGAUCACUACCAGCUAGUGAAAGAGAAGCUUUCCUAGCAAAAUGCAUUGAUUGUGAACAAUGGCUCAGAAAGAAUAUUCAGGAGCAGGAAUCACAACCCAAAAACAAUGACCCAUUGAUAUGUUCACGCGUUAUUGAAGAAGCCACAGAAGACCUCAUAGAGUGUUACAGGCACAUAGCAAAUACGAAGGGCUCUGCUGGUAAAUCAGAAGAUAAUGCCUACUCAGAUCGCAGGAGCAAACGAGAUGAAAUGGAAGUAGAUUGACGCAAUAUGACACCAAACAUUGCGGCUUUACUACAAAGUCAUUCUGGUGAGCAACUAUUUCUUCUGUACCUAGAUUUUUGACAAGGGUCUGGAAAUAUCAGCGGCUUUUAUGGCUUACUCAAUAGAUUCAAUUGAAGUCAUUGGUUUUUGGAUGGGUAAAGGUAAAACAUAGCCUAACUUAGCUCUGCCAUAUCAAAGACAUGUAAACUUCUUCUGAAACAAUGCCUUGAAAAUGAGUUAGGGGCAUUCAUUCGUUGAGUCUUUUGAGUGAUGCCUUACAUAGACUUAUUAUUAUAAGCAAUGAAAUCUAGUAUUUUAAGUAAGUUUGUUUUCAUUGUUUACUCCUUACUACCCAUUUUAUCAAUCAACCAUUUCGUUUUAUUUU